AUGCCCUUCGUCUUCGGUCCAGAAACCUUCUGGCGGAGACCGAUCAAACGCAGGAAGAUCACUGAGUCACUGGCAAUGGCUCGAUACCGGCCAGAGAACGAGCAGACUUCCCCAGAUCCUGAGCAACGAGACGACCAGUAUGCGGCAACCGAUACCCAGCCAGCCCCAAGAGACUCCUCCGAGGAGGCAGAGAUCCGAACGUCGGACAGGGAAGAGUUGAUACAAUGCAUCAAACGCGGACAACGACCUACGUGGGUGCCCAAGCCGAAUCUUGAAGCUCUUUGUGCCGAAGCAAACGCACAGGCUGAAGGUAGAGUGUCCUCCGUGUCCAAACAACCGCAGGAAGAUGUUUGGAUGGAAGAAGCAAAGCCGGAAGCCGAGCAAGCCCGACCCUCGACACCGAUCUCGCACGCUACACCACGGCCACCUUCAGCACUUCAUACGGGCGACUUUCACGAGAGCAGUAGUGCGUACGGUAGCCCACUGCAAAUCCCGCCACGGAUGAACCCGAAUAGUGCUUCUCCUCCAGUUCCUGACGCCGAUUCACCUGCGCACUGGAUUCCACCGUCUCUUUUCGGUCGCUUUCAACGCCACACAUCAGAUCCUGCCGCCUUUGACCCCAUACCACUAGACAUUCGACAGCGAUCAAGAGCACCAUCUCUUGGCAGCAGCCUAUCGUCGAGCUUUGUAAUGCGGGCUCCCACUAGCCCGCUGGUCAAUGCAGUCAAUAACCCUAGUCUGGACUUCUCUGAAGUACACCCUCCGCCCAGGCCACAGAACCGAGCCGAUAGGAGAAAGACCCUACCCUCGCCAAUGACAUCAGCGUUACAAUUCUCGUCACUGGAGUCGAGUCCCAGCAUUACGCCACCCAGCUUCAGACGUGAAGCGACCGUUCCCCGGAACCACCAACCACGCCGCUCCCUGACAUCUUUUACCUAUCAGCCCGCACCGUCUGCAUCCACAGUAUAUCCUAGCCGGCAAAGGCGCCUCUCACACGCUUCCGAAACGUCUCCACGUCAGCGUACGUCCAUGGUAGGAUCAUUCGAGGAGUCGAUCAUCAGGGGCCGUAUGUCUACUGCCCCCUCCAAGCCUUUGGAGUUUGUGGCCAAGAUUGGCGUCAUGGGAAAAGGCAAGUGUCCAGAAAAGCUGAAAUGUCCGGCGCAUGUGACAGUGCCGUUUCCGGCCGUCUUCUACAGCUAUCCUUCGACGUCGGGACCACGAACGAUCUCGGACGAUAGCCCAAGCCCUUACGUGGGGACCAUUGAUCUACAACACAACUUGAUAGCGCCUGAACAGAUGCCCCGGAAGAAGCAAAGACCAAGUCUGAGUGAUGCCAAUGCAAUGACCGCAGAGCGCAUACAGCCGCAGGAUACGUCUAUUAGCGAGGGUCGAGCAGCCGACAACACAGCGAAAGGGACGCACACCAGGAAGUCAGCCAUCGGUGGAGCGUACAGGGUGCCACAGCAAGGGCAACUGCAGAUUAUUGUCAAAAAUCCGAACAAUACAGCUGUGAAGCUUUUCUUGGUGCCAUAUGACCUUGAUGGGAUGCAACCAGGCACCAAGACCUUUGUACGGCAGCGAAGUUUCUCAACAGGGCCGAUCUUGGAAAACGUUUUAUCGGACAAACCCAUCCAGGAUCCAUUGUCAGGCAAGCAUGUGCUUCGAUACCUGAUCCACUUGAAGUUCUGCUGCUUGGGCAAAGGGAGGUUCUAUCUAUAUGACGGCGUGAAGAUUGUAUUCGCCAAUCGCGUGCCCGAUGGUAAAGAGAAGCUUCGCAAUGAGGUUCAAAUUCCGGAGCCAAAGUUCAGUGCACUGGUAUUGCGCAACUCGCAGCCAAACUCGCGGAGUCAGAGCGGAGCGGAGGGCUUCCUGCCGUCGCCGUCGCCAUCGCCAUCGCCAGUACUAGCAUCGCCGCAGCUCGAUAUGAUGGACGGCUUGGUUCACUCAUCGUCGCCUGUGUCCUUCAGCUCCCCUCAGCUACUAUUCCACACUCAGCAGAAACAGACACAAAUUCUUCAUCAAGAAGUCAGCCCGGCAGAGGUGCCACAAACAUCGAAUGGCAGUAGCAGUCACGGCUCUCGGCCCACAUCUCCCGAGGUACACGGCUUUUUGCGUAGCUCCAUCUCGCAGCGCGGAUCACCCGUCCCAUGGGGAACCGCGAUGGAUCUCCAACCUCGGAGUCCAUCUCCCGUGUUCAAUGGCGACGGGUUACUCUCUCGAAAGUUAAGAGAGCUUGGUCGACAAACCGCCAAGACGAGUCUGGAUGACAACCGUGAUAUCGAUCACAAAGAAGUAUAG